CAUGUUUUUGACGUCACAUCCGCAGGUGAAAAAAAAAAACAAACCAAGCAGAAUUUGAACCAUGGAGGACAAUUACACCAAAAUACUUGAACAUGCUCAGUCCGAGUUCAAAAACCAAAAUUACAAACAGGCGGAGGAACUGUUCACGAAGUUUAUCUCUUCCUGCUCACAGCACAGGGAAUGUGAAGCUAGUAAUCUGGCCACUGCCUUUAACAACCGCGGACAAAUAAAGUAUCUCCGUGUGGAUUUCCGUGAAGCAGUAGAGGAUUACACUUCCGCAAUAAAAGUUGACAGCAGUUCUGAAACGCCUUUCUACAACAGAGGGCUCAUCCACUAUAGAUUAGGUUUCUUUGAUGACGCUAAGAGUGACUUCCAGCAAGCUUUAAAGAUUAAUCCAGAUUUUGAAGAUGCAAAAGUGAGCCUGCAACAGACACUUCUGGACCAGCAGGACAAAAUCAACAGAGGAUACUGACAAACGCACACACUGCAGAGUGCUUGUUUAUAGAUCCUGAAAUGUGAGAAGAUGCUAAUUGUCAGUUAACACUGAUCUGUCACAUAAUAUGUUUUUUUUUUUUUUUUAAAUCUGAGAAUGAGCAGUUUUUGUUUUUUUUAAAGAUAUCAUUUUGGAAAGUCCUCUAAAGUGAGGCAUAAACUAUUAUAAACAGUUUGCAAUCACACCUUUGAAAACCACAUGAUCAUUUUAAUAACACUCGAUGGUAGGCCUGCGUCUUCUUCUGGAAAACCAGCUUGGCCUCAUAAAGAAAUAGAAGACUUACUGGAUGAGCUGAGACAUUUAUUUGGAUUGAUGUGACUGUGCAAGUCUGAAACUACACGGUGCAGACUGAGUGACCCCAGCUUAGCAGGUAAAAUGAUGAGCUUGUGUUUUACUGUGAGUAAUAAAACCACUGGAUGAGGUUAGUGGAUAUAAAACAAAUACAGUUAUGACACAGGAGGCUCUCAGCUGCAGAGGAACACAUUUUCUGUCUUAUAUUGAACCUUUGACACAAAAUGUAGCUCCUGUGAGAAGUUUUUAGAUUGUUAUGAAAUAGACUUUUAGUAAAACUGAUGUCUCUUUAAGCAAACAUAAGCAAACAUGACCAUCAGCGACAAGAUCGAUACCUCCUUAUGUAACCUCUUUAUCUGGGUUGCUGUCAGACAGGGGAGUUACGACACACUUCAGGAAACAGCUUUCGUUCACAAAGAUGCACAGUGAGUGGCGUGUUUAAAUCUGAUUUUGUUCCAUCAGUAAACACUCCUUACACAUGGGCAGUACAAGAUCAGCGGAAGAUAAAAGGUCCCACUUUGUCUAUCGGGGCGGCACAAUUGUCACAAAGUUACUUGAAGGAGCUUUUAGUCUUUUUGUAAGACGGUGUAAUUCAACAGAAAUCAGUUGUACUACAACUUCACACAUUGUAAUAAAAUGUACGCCUGUUUGAGCAGAAACACAGAGUAGCUUUGAGCUGGCAGGAAUUGCAGAGACGAUCACUGUUAUUUUCAAACCAUCUAUAAAACAAAUUAAACCUAUAUCCUUUGGUUUUUGUUUAGUUUACUCAAAGGUUUGAUUCACUGCACCUUAUACCGUCUUCCAUAAUCAUUUCAGACAUAUUAUUUAGAUUGAAGCCCUCAUUUUAUCAAAAUGUUUUUCUCUAAAGAGAACUAUUAACAGCUACCGCAAAUUCUGGCUUAUUAAUGAAUCUCAAAUGUCCAGUAAUUUAUCGAGAUAACAGAAUAUUUGACAUAAAUUUGAAAUCUGUCCGUACAUGAUUAGGUAGCUGUUAUAACACAGUGCUUUACACAAUCAUUUUCCCCUAAAAAAAACAUCUCUGACGUGAUCAUUCUCAGGCUAGAUCAACAUGAUCAUGACGUUUGUGUGUACACCAAUUUUUUUUUAGAUUGUUUUUCAUGAAUCAGAGACACAAAACUUUAAAGUAGUUUUGUUCCGGACAGCUUCUGAAAAGGUUUACUUGACCCACUGCUGCAUGGAUUUUUCCAAAAAUCUAAUGUGUAUGUAUGUAUAUAUAUAUUUCUGUCACGAGCAAUAAAUUAUUUAAAU